AUGAACGGUACCUCUCCGAAAAUCAAGGCCGAACCUUUCCCGCAGCCAGUGAGCAGUCCUGAAAGACUGACGCUCUCUCCAACAAAUUCCCAUCCUCAAGAUAAGGGCCACAGACGUAGACGGUCCUCGUCGUUGAUCUCUAAGGUGGAGCCCGAAAGCUUUGAGACCAAGCAAGACCAGGAUAUCCAGGAUAACAUGAACGCAAACUGGGUCCAUUUUAAAGGUGCUUGGUUGAUCCAUAUUGUCAUUAUAAUGUUGCUAAAGUUCUUCUACGACUUGAUACCAAUUUACACAAACGAAAUCAGCUGGACCCUAACUAACGUCACCUAUGUCAUUGGCUCUUACAUCAUGUUCCACCAAAUCAAAGGCACCCCCUUUGAUUUCAAUAAUGGCGCUUAUGAUAACCUUAACAUGUGGGAACAAAUAGAUAACGGGGCCCAAUUCACACCUGUUAAAAAGUUCUUACUUGGCGUGCCAAUAGCAUUGUUCUUAAUAUCAACUCACUACUCCAAUUACGACUUGACCCUAUUUGUGGUCAACCUGGUGGCGUGCCUUGUGGUUGUCAUACCAAAACUCCCAUUCAGUCAUCGUCUUAGAGUUAAUAUUCCCUACUUGACUGAUCAACAGAUUGUCCCCGGAAUAUGA